CGCAUGCGCAGUCUUGUCCAGCUGCAGCCAACAACAACAACAGGGUGAACGGUGCGCUCUAUCAUUCCAAGAUGGCGGACCUCCUAGGCUCGAUCUUAAACUCGAUGGAGAAGCCUCCAACAGUCGGCAACCAGGAGAGCCGACGAAAGGCUCGAGAGCAAGCAGCGAGACUCAAGAAGAUGGCGGAAGAUGAGAAAAGAAAGAAAGCAGAGUUCAGGAAAAAGAUGGAGAAAGAGGUGUCAGACUUCAUUCAAGACAGUGCACAACAGAAACGAAAAUACAACCCUAUGGGGAAGAUUGAAAGGAGUAUAUUGCAUGAUGUUUCAGAAGUGGCUGGUCUGACUUCUUUUUCUUUUGGGGAGGAUGAGGAGAGCCGUUAUGUCAUGCUUUUCAAGAAGGAGUUUGCUCCAUCAGAUGACGAGCUAGAAGCCUAUCGCAAAGGAGAGGAGUGGGAUCCCAAGCUGGCAGAGCAACGGCGCAGGCUAAAAGAACAGGCUGCAUUGGAGGAAACGGCAUCCAGUCAGACAAAGAAGACGGAAAUGUGCCCCAACUCCAACUACAGAGACAAGUACAGCCACCUGAUCGGCACCUCGGCUGCAAAAGAUGCAGCACACACACUAGAGGCCAACAGCACGUAUGGCUGCGUGCCAGUGGCCAACAAGAGGGACACUCGCUCCAUAGAGGAAGCCAUGAAUGAAAUCAGAGCGAAGAAACGGCAGAAGCUGGGGGACGACUCAGGGGCGCACAGCAGCAGCUCUUGAGUCUCCACCAUUUUUUUGCUUUCUGUUGUGCGCGCGUGUGUGUGUGCGUGUGUGUGUGUGUGUGUGUGUGUGAGAGAGUGUGUGUGGGCACAUUAGUGGUCAAAUUCAUCCUAUAAUGCAAUAUCUUGUACUUCAGACAUUUAAAAGUAUAACUUAUAUGACAGCCGUUGAAUCCUGUAUGUAUGCCACUGUCUGACUUGUUUAGUGGAGGAUGCUCAGGUGGAUCUGAUCCAGCAGGUGGAUUACUAUACGUGUUAAACAUUUGCUUGUGACGUCAGUUAUCAAGUUUCACACACACACACCGUUUGGCAGUAUGAAAAACCUGUUUUCAGUAAAAAACAAAAAACAAAGAUCAUGUCUGGGUGUUCAGCUACUUAAAAAACACCCAAAAUCUUCAUACAUACUUUUUAAAGGACAUUUUUGGCAGUGAUUAUGUGUGAUGCAGAUGAGCAUUCACAGUCUAAGUGACAUUUUAAUCAUGAAAAUAUUGACACGUUUUUAGGUGGAAAAGUAAGUGUUCCAAAUAUCCAGUGCAGCUUUUAAAAGGGAAACAGGAAUGCCGUCUAAUGACCAGCUUUUGGUUUAACUUUUGUUUUUUUUUAUCUUAGUCUCAACCUGUUUCAGAUCUUUGUAGCGUUGGAAGCAUGCCAUUUCCUCCAUUUCAGGAGGAAUCUCAUUUUAGAAAAUACUGUUUUGUGGAUUUUAGGAAUCUGUGAUUUAAGUCUCUGAGAUUUUCUUUGUUCCGAUACGUCUGCACUGACUGUGAAUUACACUGUUACUCCAAACUAAAUGUUUCAUUAUUGAGCCAGGCAAUAGGCAUCACAUUAUGGAGCAGAAGUACCAGACUCAUUGUAGGAAUAUUGGUCACAUCUCUCUUUUUUGUUUGUCAUAUCUUCAAGUAAGUUUCUCGGCAUCUUGGUGUCUAUUUUAACAUGGUUGCACUGUUUUAUCCCCCCAUGUGUGUUAAUAAAACGGAGAUCAGUGUUAA